GAUUCUCUUCUGUUUUUCUCCACAGAAGGGAAACACUCUGCGUCCCAUUGAUGCUGAAGUAAAGCUGAAAGGGAGAAGAACAUCUCACCUGUCCCAGGACAAGGAUGGCCAGCCUCAUGAUCCUCUGCUGCUUCAGGUGGUGCGGAAGGGGCACAGGAGGAGGCUGGGUGCUGCCGCCGGCCAGGCUCGACUCAUGGCCAUCACAGACUGUGUGGACAACGGCACACAGACCGACAUCAGCUUCCAGAACUUCCUGAAUGGGGACAGAGGGUCUUAUUUAAGCAGUGGAUCACCAAAGCCUCCACACUCCCCACUUCUUGCCCUGCUGGUGGAGCCGUACCUGCUGAAUGAGCUUGGUUCUCUGGGGCAGGAGUAUAGCGAUACAAACGACUACUUCAGUGUGACCAACCAUGAGGCGGAUCAACAAGAAGAGCUGGAAUAUGAGGAGGUGGAGCUCUAUAAGUCGAGUCAGCAAGAUAAACUGGGGCUAACAGUCUGUUACCGAACGGACGAUGAGGAAGACCAAGGCAUCUAUGUUGGGGAGGUGAAUCCAAACAGCAUAGCAGCAAAAGAUGGAAGAAUCAGGAAGGGGGAUCGGAUAUUACAGAUCAAUGGAAUAGAAGUCCAAAACCGAGAGGAAGCAGUGGCCAUCCUGACUCGUGAAGACAGUACCAACUUCUCUUUACUGCUGGCCAGACCAGAGAUAGAGACUGACACUCAUUUGGACCCAGAAGAGCUUGAUUGUGAGUUACCUGUAGGGAUGAGUGUGGACACCCUUAAUACCGCCAAUCUGCCCGGCCUGUACCAUUUCCGCCAACAGAGACUCCAGGCAGGCAUUCCUGAGGAAGCUUUACAUCGAGAGACACCCAUGCUCAGCCUAGCAACCCUCAACAACAGUCAAGAGCUUGAUAGUGGUGUUGGCCGAACAGAUGAAAGCACAAAGAAUGAAGAGUCCUCUGAGCAUGACAUCCUUCUGGGUGAUGAGCAGACCAGCGCAACCAACACUAAUGCCACCAACACGCCUGGUAGCUUGCGCAAAUUUAGACCUGGCAGAGGUGGUGGAGGAGGAAGCGAGACACCAUCUCCUUUGUUUCCUCUCCGAGAGCUCCACCUCAGCACGGACUCGCUGGACUGUGGAAGUGUGGGUGGAGGGUACCUUCAUGAUCCUGUCAGCGGGAUGGUGAUGCCAGGCCUGACAGAGGAGGAAUGUGAGAGGUACAAGCAGCUUCUGGAAAUCAAGUGUCGUUACGAGAAGAGGAUUAAGAAAGUGCAGCAGGUUCAAGAAGAGCAGCAGAAAGAUGGAGAGAGACAAGGGCAAGAUGAGAAUAGGGAGGAGGAAGGAACUCUGGAUGAGAACAGUAAUGAGAACCUGACUCCACACGAGAUGGCACUUCUCGAAGAGGAAAUGAGGCACCUUGAGUUUAAGUGCAGGAACAUUCUACGAGCACAGAAGAUGCAGCAGCUAAGAGAGCGCUGUUUGAAAGCCUGGCUGAUGGAGGAAGAAACAUCUGGCCGUGUGUCAGCAGAACCUCAGGGGUCUCCGUUGCAUGAGUUAUCUGAUAUUAAUGAACUUCCUGAGAAAGAACGAUCAGACAAGGACAGCACCAGUGCUUACAACACUGGGGGAGAGAGCUCCAGGAGCCCACCUAUGGUGAGUGAACAUCGACUUCCAGUUUCUCAGCAAGACGAGUCCACAAGUCCUCUGCCAAGCAGACACAGGGAUCGGCCCAUGUGGAGCGAAAGGGGACGAGCAAGCCUUAACAGCACCUAUUCACCAAGCAGCUACAAGAAGUUUCAGACUAUCACCCCUAUGAAUCAGAAGUUCUGUUCACUCUCAAGAGAAGGAACUGUUCGUCGAAUGCCUGAUGGGAUGGCGCAGAACAGCAGUUCUAGGGUAAACAACCAUACCAGGAAUGGUGGUCGUAGUGCAGAGUCAAGUCCUUACUUCACUCGACGUCGUCAUUCCAAUUGCUUCACUCCAGAACGCUACCAGAGUUGCAUGCAUCUUGGAUCCUCUCAUUCUGAAAGCUCUGGACCUUUAGAUAGAGCUGUGGAAGGAGAAAGUGAGGCACCAAUUGGGGGCAGUGACCAAGAGGGACAUUGUGAAAAAACCUUGGGGUCAUUACCUCAUCCCAGUCCAGUGAAGCUUUCUCUGGCUUUACCUUUGCCACUUUCCCCUGCCUCACCACGCAUGGAGUGGAAGGUCAAGAUAAGGAGCGAUGGGACUCGAUAUGUGGCCAAACGUCCAGUCCGAGACCGGCUUUUGAAGGCCCGAGCUAUGAAGAUCCGUGAGGAGCGUAGUGGAAUGACAACUGAUGAUGAUGCAGUGAGUGAAAUGAAGAUGGGACGUUACUGGAGCAAGGAAGAGCGCAAGCAACAGCUGCUGAAAGCCAGAGAGCAGCGCAGACGCAGAGAGUUCAUGAUCCAGAGUCGCUUGGAUUAUUUGCGAGAUCACGGUCUGGAUGUGGGCAAGGACAGCCAGUCAGAAUCAGGUCAGAACUCAGCCUCAAUUUUAGAGCUCAGUCAGAAAAAGAGCUCCAAGAAGCGCAACCGACGCAUACUGGACAACUGGAUCACCAUCCAAGAGCUUUUAGCUCAUGGCUCUCGUUCACCAGAUGGGACAAAAGUGUACAACCCUCUUUUGUCUGUUACCACAGUCUGAAAUUAAAAGAUGCUAAGGACAAAAGGGAAUUAAAUAUCUUCUUACUUUGUAGAACUGUUUCAGGGUUCAUCUGUCCACUUUAUUAUGGCUGCACAAAGUCUAGCGUCUACCACGCCGUUUAAUGUUACUCCUUUUUUAAUGAGUACUUAAAAUGUAAAUAUCUGAAAAAGCCUAAAACAGGACCUUUAUUUGAGAAGCAACAUUGGAGAAGGUUAAAAUUAAUUUAAACUGAAACUGUUCAAUUGUUCUUAAAAUGUUUAUACUCAAACUAAUAUAAAUGAUGAAUUCACUGAAGUUUAAUUUCUUAUGCUUAAAGUAAAUGUAACCUUCAUAUAAAAUGCUUGGUUGGAUUUUCUUGAUUAAUGAAUGUCACGUCAUAUUACUUUUUAAAGUGGCAUUACUGACACUUCUCGGGGUCAAGCAUCUGCUUUUGAGCAUUUCUACUUAACACAUAUGGCUGAGUGACAGAGGCACUCUUACAGAUUAUGAAUGUUGACUGAAUGGACUCACAAGCACAAUGCACACAUUACAAAUGUGGACUUACAGCAGGACAAUUGUUAAGUCAUUUUUUGCAAGUAAACACAAUGGAAUUCAUACAAUAACUUCCUCGCAAUGGCACAAAAGACAAAAAUUCAAUUUCUUAACUGCUGAAUUUUUGGUUCCCAUGGAAGAUAAUGGGUGGAUGGAAUAAUAAGACAGCAACAUCAUCAUAUAAGUGCUUGACCUGUGCAGACACAAUCAUGGUAAACUUUCCUACAGAGGUGUGGUGCUGAACAUUUGUACUGUUUGUUGACGAUGGUCUGUUUACAUAUUUCUUCUGUACUGUUCAUGAUAACCCAAAUAUGACAAAAGCACAAUGUAAUCCACAUUAUGCUUUUUUUAAUUUCGAAUGUAAGAUAAUUCUUAUCAAUGCCCCAAGUCAUCAUCAUGAAGAUAUUUUCACAACCCUAUGUGGCCUAAUGCGAAUACAUACUGAUCACCAGCAAAAGGGAAAGCACAAACACUCUGGAAUCCUAUGAAAUAUAACCAGCUUAAAGAGUAAACAGAUUGUACACUUUAAUAUACUGUUAUUAGGAACAUUUAACCUGAAGUGGUUAACACAACAGAGUAGUGAAUACUCUAAAACUGUUCACAAAGGAAUGAUAUACAAAUUUGUCAGCAUAUUUGUAAGUGUUCAAAACCGUUUGAAGAUUUUGUAGAAAUCGGCCUUAAGACCCAGCAGGCACACAACAUCAUAUGACGUUUUAACAUUAGGUUCGAUUUAGGUCAUGACCAAAGUCAAGGUCAAGGUGACCAAAAUUCAAUGUCUGGCCAGCGUCUUAGGACAACGUCAUUUUGACGUCCAAUAAUGACGUUGAUAUUUGGUUGAUUUUAGGUUGGACAUUAACGUUGGGUUCUGAUGUCAACCUGAUUUUCAUUUCCAAACAAAAUCCAACGUCCCCACAACGUUGGGAUGCAACGUCAAUAAGACAUGCUGUUAAGAUUCUGUGCCUGCGGGGGAGUUUUAGCCAGUUUUAAAAUUCGAGACAACUGUUUAGCAAAAUUAAUUUUGCAUGACUUUGCCUAAAAUGUACACACCAGAAGCACACAAAUAACUUCCGUUUCUCAGUUUACAAAUGUAUGUGACCAGAGGACUUUAUCCAGAUCAUUUGUCAUUUCUGUCUUGAUGUUAGAUACAAAUGUAGAAAUCUGCAGUUAUACUCAUAUGGUACCUGUUGAUCGAUAUCAAUAGUCCUAAUUAUACUAUGUGUAAUGUGCAUUAGUUCUUGAGUGAUUAUUUCAAUGCAUUACUGAGAUAAUAUAAAAAUACUCCAUUUUAGACAAAUAAAACCAUUUUGUAUGCUUAA